AUGUCGUCAAUCGGCCAGAGAAGUGGCACUGACCCGCGACUUCUUGGCCGCGAAGCCUUUGAUGUCCGGCAGCUGCAUGAGGACUUGAAAACAACGGAGAAGGGGCCAGCCGAACAGAAGGUGGAUGAGGUCGUGCAGACAGCUCCCGCAAGAUUCCGCAGUGUGGUGGGCGGCGCCUGGCAGAGGGUGCGGGGCAUUUUCCGCCGCAGCAGCAGCAGCAGCAGCAGUGGCACAGCACAAGCAGAAGAAGAAGCAAAGAGCGGCAGCGGCAUAGCAGAUGCAGCAGAAGAAGAGCCCGAAGCGGAAUCUAUCGGAGAUUACACGGCUUCGGCCGUGAAUCCGGAGAGCUACCCGGCCUCCCUUCCGGGUGAUUUCAGGAUCCUGCCUGCCAGUGCGUGGCAGAGUCUCCACGCUCGCUUCGAGCAGGAGACAAGGGAGUCCAGCACCGAAGUUGCAGCCACAGCUCCUGCCAACGCACCCCCGAGCCCCACGAGUCAUCAUGCGGAGGGUGCAGAUGCAGCAGACCUCGAGAAAUUCGCGCAAACGGAAAUCGCUACGACCCCCCAGCCAAGCACGCGCAGAAGAUUCCAUUCCCGCAAAGCCCCGACCGCCGGCAUUGACCGAAGCAUCACCGUCGCCGGAGAGCGACUGGUGGCUAACCUUGUGCAUGGCCGUGCAGCAAAACAUUUGUUGCGGCCGUGUGCGCUGACGGCCGAUGAGCUUCUGCUCAUCUUGGGGUACCUUGUCCGAGGCUGCCACUUUGCAUUCGCCAUGAACUCGAGGAUUUCAAAUGCCAUGCACGCCUGCCUGGACAUUCUAAGGCCACGGCCGAUCUUCAGAGAUGUUCUUUAA